GAUUUAUCAUCUCUUCUGGAAGGCAAGUUUAUAGUCUUUCAUGCUUGCUUUCCUUCACACUGAGGGCUGGGAGUCAGCUUGCCUUUGCAUGAGUCCUCUAAAGUAAUCAUUAACCUGUAAUGUUGAUAAAUGUGCUAGAGUCCAAAGCUCAGAAUGGAACAAGGAUAUCAGACAUCUUGUGAGCUUUUCGUUUUUUAGGCAGAACUAGAGAGUCUACGGUAGAAAAUGAGUUGUCUGAGUCAAAUUUCAGAGGAUGAUCUGCUGUGUCCUGUGUGCUACAAUAUCUUCACCGAUCCCGUGCUUCUGUUAUGCAGUCACAGUGUCUGUAGAGCUUGUUUGGAAGAGUUCUGGAGCUCCAGAGGAUUUCAGGAAUGUCCAGUUUGCAGGAAAAGAUUCAGAGGAUGUCAAACACCUGCUAAUCUUGCACUGCGGAACGUGUGCGAGUCGUUCUUGCAGAAGAGAAGUUCAUCGCAGUCGUCAUCGGAGGUGCUCUGUGAGGUGCACGAAGAGAAACUCAAACUCUUCUGUCUGGAUGAUAAUCAUCCUGUGUGUCUGGUGUGCAGAGAUUCAGAGAAACACCUGCAUCACACAUUCAGACCUGUUGAUGAAGUUGCACCGCUUCUAAAGGAGGAACUGAAGACUGCAUUGAAAGAUUUAGAAGAAAAAUUAGACAGCUUUAAAGAAAUAAAACAAACAUUUGAUGAUGCAUCACAACAUAUAAAGGCUCAGACUCAGCAGACCAUGAGAUGCUUGCAGGAGGAGUUCGAGCGGCUUCAUCAGUUUCUGCGAGAUGAAGAGAUGAUCAGAAUAUCUGCACUGAUGGAGGAAGAGAAUCAGAAGAGUCAGAUGAUGAAGGAGAAGACUGAACAAAUAGACAGAGAGAUCGAAUCUCUUUCAAACAAUAUUGGAACCAUAAAAAAUGAUUUAGACGCUGGCAACAUGCCCUUUCUACAAAAGUUCAAGUUCUCAAAAGAAAGAGCCCAGAUCACACUGAAGGAUCCAGUGAUGCCUGCUGGAGCCUUGAUGAAUGCAGGAAAAUACCUGGGGAAGCUGAAGUUUGAAGUCUGGAAGGAGAUGAUGCAGAUAGUUCAACUCGCUCCUUUCACACUGGACCCCAAUACUGUACAUCCCCUGCUGUUCCUGACUGAUGAUCUGACCCAUGUGAAAUCUAAUGCUGAUGGACAACAGUGUCCAGACAAUCCAGAGAGGUUUGACUAUUAUCACUGUGUGCUGGGCUCUGAGGGCUUUAACUCUGGAACACACUUCUGGGAUGUGGAGGUGCAAAACAACACAUGCUGGUCUGUUGGAGUAACCACAGCAUCCAACCAGAGAAAAGGAGGCAUUUUCUUUGACACUGGAGUGUGGCGUGUACGUUACAUGGCUGGUCAGUACGCAUCACAGUCACCGUUCAUGCCCCGCAUGCAUUUAGCUGUUGAUGAGCGUCUGGAGGUGAUCAGAGUGCAGCUGGACUGGGACGAAGGAAAGAUUUCAUUCUCUGAUCCUCUUACGAACACACAUCUGUGCACUUUCACCAAUACAUUUGAGGAAGCAGUCUAUCCGUUUCUCUACAGCAGCUGUUCAGAUUUCCCACUCAGAAUCUUACCCGUGAAACUUAGUAUCAAUGUGAAGUGUCCUGAAUAAACCCUCUGCAUUGAAAAAAGAAGGGGGAGGGGUGUGCAGAAUUUACUUAUUUCAUUGUUUGUUUUCUGCUUCUGCAUCACCAUUUGGAUGUUAAUUGUCCAUUUAAGUGAAAUGUAAAUUACUUUAAGCAUAUAGUAAAUACUAGAAAUAAUCAGAAAUUCAGUUAAUUUGUAACACUUUGCUGUUCUGGGUUUAGGUAAACAAAAAAAUAUUUGCAAUAUUUUAUGUGGCAAGAGAGUGAUAAUACAUGCAAUAAAUGUGUAUCCUUCUGA